CCGUCCAGGCGCCCAGCUGCCCGUCCCGCGGAGCAUCCUUCGGCGCCCAGGGACCAGAAGCUCGCCCGCCCAGCAUGGGUGCCUGACCACGGGCGGCGGCGGGGCACCCGGCGGCGGCUUCCCUCACUCCAGCGGCUCGACCUCUUGCCGCCAUGGAGUGAGUAACGCUGCGCAACGCCAGGCUGGAGGAGAGGCUCCUUCAAAGAUGGUUCGGCUGCCAUUGAGACCUGGAGCUCUAAUGCCACAAUGAGGACUUACACACGGGGGGCUCCUAGUGUGUUUUUCAUACAUCUGGUUUGCUCUGCACUCGUCUAUAGUAGCGACGACACCCCAAGCACUGUGGUUCCUUUUGUCAAUGCCAACUACGAUAGCUACCCAAUGCUCUAUUUUUCCAGAGAAGAGAUGCAGGAUUUGCGACUCAGAGCAGCCACCACACACCAGCACAUCGCCGCUCGGUUGACCGAGGCUGUGCAGAUCAUGCUGUCAAAUCCUUUGGAGUACCUUCCUCCCUGGGAUCCCAAGGACUUCAGUGCUCGGUGGAAUGAGAUCUAUGGCAACAACCUGGGUGCCCUGGCAAUGUUCUGCGUUCUUUAUCCUGAGAACAUGGAAGCCAUCAACAUGGCCAAAGAUUACAUGGAAAGAAUGGCGGCUCAGCCUAGUUGGCUAGUAAAGGAUGCACCAUGGGAUGAGGUCCCUCUUGCUCACUCUCUGGUUGGAUUUGCCACUGCAUAUGACUUUUUGUACAACUAUCUUAGUAAGUCUCAGCAGGAAAAGUUUCUUGAGGUAAUUGCCAAUGCCUCAGGAUAUAUGUAUGAAGCAUCAUAUAGGCGUGGAUGGGGUUUCCAGUACCUACACAACCAUCAACCUACCAACUGUGUGGCCUUGUUGGCUGGAAGCCUGGUUCUAAUGAAUCAAGGUUACCUUCAGGAAGCCUACCUGUGGACCAAGCAAGUCCUCACAAUCAUGGAGAAGUCUAUGGUUCUGCUACAAGAAGUGACAGAUGGAUCCCUUUAUGAAGGAGUAGCUUAUGGCAGCUACACCACCAGAUCCCUUUUCCAGUACAUGUUUCUUGUCCAAAGGCACUUUGACAUUAACCACUUUAAGCACCCCUGGCUGAAACAACAUUUUGCUUUUAUGUACAGGACGGUUCUGCCAGGAUUCCAAAGGACUGUUGCUAUUGCAGAUUCCAAUUACAACUGGUUUUAUGGGCCAGAGAGCCAGCUGGUAUUCCUGGAUAAAUUUGUGAUGCGCAAUGGUAGUGGAAAUUGGUUGGCAGACCAGAUCAGAAGGAAUCGGGUGCUUGAAGGCCCAGGGACACCCUCCAAAGGACAGCGUUGGUGCACUCUUCACACUGAAUUUCUCUGGUAUGAUUCAAGCCUGGGCUUUGUACCUCCACCAGACUACGGGAUUCCAAAGCUGCAUUAUUUUGAGGACUGGGGCGUUGUAACAUACGGAAGUGCACUGCCAGCUGAAAUCAACAGAUCCUUCCUCUCCUUCAAAUCAGGAAAGCUCGGAGGACGUGCAAUAUAUGAUAUUGUUCACCAGAACAAGUAUAAAGACUGGAUCAAAGGCUGGAGGAACUUUAAUGCCGGCCAUGAGCACCCAGAUCAGAACUCAUUUACUUUUGCCCCCAAUGGUGUCCCUUUCAUAACAGAAGCUCUGUAUGGGCCAAAGUACACAUUUUUAAACAAUGUGCUGAUGUUUUCCCCAGCGACAUCAAAGAGCUGCUUCUAUCCAUGGGAGGGGCAAAUUACUGAAGACUGCUCAUCCAAGUGGUUGAAAUAUAAGCAUGACUUGGCCGCAGAUUGCCAAGGGAGAGUGGUUGCUGCUAUGGAAAGACGAGGGAUCAUCUUCAUCAAGGGUGAAGGAGUGGGUGCCUACAACCCCGGGCUAAAGUUGAAAAGCCUCCAGAGAAACCUGUUCCUUCUACAUCCCCAGCUUCUGCUGCUAGUGGACCAAAUACAUCUCGAUGGUGACAGUCCACUGCAGACAGCGACCAGCUUCUUCCACAAUGUGGAUGUGCCUUUUGAAGAAACUGUUAUUGAUGAUGUCCAUGGGGCCUUUAUUAGGCAACGGGAUGGAGUGUACAAGAUGUACUGGAUGGAUGACACUGGCUACAGUGAAAAAGCUGUCCUUGCCUCAAGAAUGUAUCCCAGAGGUUACCCCUACAAUGGGACAAACUAUGUGAACGUCACGACUCGCCUGCAUAGCCCCGUCACCAGAGUGGUGUACCUCUUCAUUGGACCUUCCAUAGACGUCCAGAGCUUCAGUGUCCAUGGGGAUUCCCAGCGGCUGGACGUUUUCAUUACCACCAGUGAGCAUGCCUACGCUGUCUAUUUGUGGACCGGAGAAGAGAAAAGCCACUCUGUCUUUGCACAAGUUAUUGCAGACCGCCAGAAAGUUCUGUUCGACCGGGCCUCUGCCAUCCGGAGCGCACCAGUAUCAGAAGUCAGGGACUACAGUGGGGUAGUAGAGCACAGCCUUCAGCAUUUCAAGCCUGUCUUCCAGCAGCUGGAGAAGCAGAUCCUUUCCCGCGUGCGGAACACAGACAGCUUCAGGAAGACAGCGGAGCGCCUCCUGCGGUUUUCCGAUAAAAGGCAGACCGAGGAGGCCAUUGACAGGAUAUUUGCAAUCUCUCAGCAGCAGCAGCAGCAGCAGCAGCAAGGCAGGGCAAAGAGGAAUCGGAAGGUGAUAAAAGGGUAUAAGUUUGUCGAUGCUGGCCCUGACAUUUUUGCACAGAUCGAAGUCAAUGAAAGGAAAGUGCGGCAAAAGGCACAGACGUUGGCCCAAAAGGAGUUGCCUGUGGAUGAAGAUGAGGAGAUGAAAGAUCUCUUGGAUUUUGCAGAUAUUACCUAUGGGACACAAAAAUGGCACAAGAACGGUGUGUCCAUCAAAGGCCGAUCUGGUCUGGCACAGAUGUUGGCAACUGCUCGAAGCAGUGCUCCCUCCAUGUCAGCAUCCUACACCCGACUCUUCCUUAUCCUGAACAUAGCUAUUUUCUUCUUCAUGCUGGCCAUGCAACUCACUUGGUUCCACAAAGCCAAGAGCCUGCAUGCCCAGCGAUGUCUCUAUGCAGUCUUGUUAAUUGACAGCUGUGUGUUGCUGUGGCUGUACUCUUCCUGUUCCCAGGCGCAGUGCUAACAUAGCAGACCAUGGCAGCCACUGGACCAUUCUGUGGUGAGAUGUGUCUGUGCAAAGUAUUCCCUAAGAGAGCCGGAGUGUGUGUUACAUCUUUUCUGACAGAUUCCAGGAAACAGCUGUGUAACAAUGGUAUUCUUGUAGUCACAAACAGUAACAUUAAUGGGCAUUGGAAACACUUCUAAAUGUACCACCUACAUACGGGUUAAGCUGGAUUUGUCCUAUGAGUGAAUGUCAGUUUCGCAACUCGGUGUGUGGCAUUGAAUUUUCUUCUUCAAAGCAAACACUCUCUUGUGGCAUUAUUUCCUAAUUAACUUCUAUGAAAAAAUAAAAAUAAUAUACUACUGGAAUGGAAAUGUUCUAACAGCAUCUAAACCGGCUGUUGACACAUGAAAUGGCAAUUUUAACCAGUGGUUUUCAUCCUUUCUGCUAAUCCAGAUGUUGUUAUAUGAAGGAAGUGUGACAGUGAGGGCUGCAAAUCCUUUGUUUGAUGUCAGCAUUUGUCUGCCUGAAAGCAGUGGCACUGCUAUAAAUAAGGCCUCCUGCCCCCGUAGCUCUCUGCCGUCUCGCCUCGGUCAUCACCAAGAGAAAGUGCUGCUCUCCCUGCCUUCGUGCUCGGCCAGUAGCAUGUGGGAGCCUUCCCCCUUGCAGUGGGGCUUGUGAGGCGGAACACCAUUCUGGGCUGACUGAAAGCUCGUGGGAGUGUCAAUUGUUGAACGGCCGUAGCCUUCACUAGUAGACUGUAUCCUGGUGCCUUCCACAUGUUUUGGAAUCAUCACUGACUAUUGGUCAUGCUGUCUAGAGCUAAUGGAAUUUGUAGUCCAAAAUAUCUGGAGGGCAGCAGGUUGGGGAAAGCUGGAACAGGUUGGAGAGAGGCAGGUAGGAUUAGAAGGUACAAUAAGAGAUUGCGGCUGUGUGACCAAGGCUGCCCCUUCAGUACCACACUGCUGCUCAGGACUGAGAUCUGUGUGAGGAAGGAGGAACCUGCAGAUACGCUUCUGGGUGUGGGCGACGUGGGGUGAUGUACAUGUUGAUUGGCUAGUAUCUGGGUGGGAAUACCUGUCUUUCUCAGGAGAGACUUACAGAUAGAUGAGGCCCUUGCCCCUGCCUCUGCCUGUAUACCUGGCAACAACAUUGCUUCUGCAACUGAUGGAUGUGUCACUCCUGCGCACAACAAUCAUGGGACUGAUUUCUAAAUCCCAGGAAUCCUAAACAGUAAGGAUCAGCUGGAAAAUUGGCUUGUAUGCCUUGAAGAAUUUUUUUUUAAAAAGUUCCAAAUACUUUUUGCUAAAUAAACAGAUUAUAAAUGUCUCACUUAUACCAAUUGAAUUAAAAUGAUUUUAAAAAUC